CUUUAUUAGCCUUUGUGUUAUAUUAGGUUUCUCUCGGUAGAUGUGCACAUAUAAGAAAAAUUUGAAAAUUUUAUUGUACAUGAAUGUUCUCGUUUGUACUUCGUAUGAAACUGUCUUCUGUUAGAACCACUUAAUUCUCUAAAAUUGGUGAGGCAAACUUAGAAACCGUCACCUUAAAAUGAGUGGAGUAAAAAUGGUUGCUGGUCCUACUGAACAUGGUAUACAAGCUGAUGUAAUAUUUGUCAUUGAGGGAACAGCUGUUAAUGGAGCUUACCUUAAUGACUUGAAAACAAAUUAUCUUACUCCUACCCUUGAGUAUUUUAGUCAAGGUGGUAUCGAAGAUAAAGAGUAUGUUUCUGAGCAAAAUAGCACAACAUUAUAUGGGAUAGUAGUGUAUCAUGCUGCUGAUUGUUUACCAGCACCAUGUACAGAGACUUUUGGGCCAUACGCAAAUCCUCAUAAAUUACUACUUGUACUAGAAAAAUUAGAAAUGGUUGGAGGAAAGGGGGAAUGUUAUGCAAAUAUUGGGGAGGGACUCGCAACUGGACUACAAUGCUUUGAGGAUCUACAACUACGUCGCGAACCAAAUACAGCAUCGCAAAAACAUUGUAUCUUGAUUUGCAAUUCUCCUCCAUAUCAGACAGUCAUACAGGAAUCAUAUAAAUUUGCUGGACACACUAUAGAACAGUUGGCUUCACUUUAUCAAGAAAGAAACAUUAAUCUCUCCAUAUUGUCACCUCGAAAAAUACCUGCACUAUUUAAACUAUUUGAAAAAGCCGGAGGAGAUCUGCAAUCGUCACAGACCAAAAAUUAUGCUAAAGACCCGCGACAUUUAGUCCUGUUACGUAAUUAUAAUUUAAAAGAAAGACCUGUCAGUCCUACAAUUGGUGGAGCUGUUCAUACUACUCCAGGUACUGCUGCGCAGAUUCCAUUGAGUCCGUUGCAGAGCAACGACAGUCCGACUACCAAUCAAGUGCAACAGAAUAUUGCACAACCAACUCAACCUCAAGGUCCUCCGUUUAGAAUUCAAACUCCGCAAAAUAUUACUUCAGUUCAUCAAACAGUAGUACCCAUGGCCGCUACAAUGAACGCUGGCCGACCUCCUUAUAAUCCCCAAAUAUCUGCUCCGCCAACUUAUCAUCCUCCAAGAGCAGGUCAACCUAGAUGGCGGAAUUUGCCACCAUUUGUGCCAACAGGUCCAACAAAUACACAAAGCAGUGCUUUAAUAGCGCAAUUGAACCAACCACCUCCUUCAAUGGGGCUCAAUGUACCUCCGUUUGGACAACGAAUGGAUGUAACAAAUACCAAUGUUAUGGCUGCAAGUGCACAACAGCAGCAGCAGCAGCAACAACAGCAACAACAGCAGCAAUUAACUCAACAACAACAAUUAAGAAUAACAAUGCAAUUGCAACAACAACAACAGCAACAGCAGCAACAACAAAAUGUUCAGCAACCAUCUUCAAUGCCAAUAACGGCUCAGCCAACGCACGGACAAGCUGGACCGCAACUUACGGUAUCUUGCGUGAGUCAGUCUGUGCCUACACAAGUACCACAAACGGUUACUGCUUCUCAGACACAAGCAUCUGUGUCAUCGGUUACUCAACAACAGCAAAUAAUGCAUCCUCAGACACAGGGUAAUGUAACUGUUGGCACGGUAGGACCAGGACCGCAAAUUAGCACGCCACGUGAAAGACAAACGAUAUGGCAGGGUAUUAUUGAGUGGGUUGAAAAAGCUAAAACAACUCCAGAUGCACCAAAACAAACCAGACAUCUUCCGUGUCAAGUUUCCGCAAAUUCCAAAGAUGGAGAUCCAGAAUUGAAAGCGGAUACGUGGCCACAGAAAUUAAUUAUGCAGCUAAUGCCCAAACAAUUAAUAGGAAAUAUCGGUGGUUCCUAUUUAAAAAAUUCUAAAUCCGUUUUAUUUCAUCCAACACCCUGUGAAGCAUUGGAAUCGUUAACGAAAGUUAUGAAUUCAGGAUUUGCGGGUUGUGUCCACUUUACUUUCUUGCAAGCAGCUUGUGACAUAAAAAUACUUAUUCUUCUCUAUACAGCUGAAAGAAGAACAUACUUAGGAUUCAUUCCAAAUGAUCAAACUGGUUUUGUAGAUCGACUUCGAAAAGUAAUACAGCAACAAAAAACAUCGCAUGCUUCGAUGAGGCAAGGACAAGCUGGAACUGCUCAAGGAAAUGCCAUAGCUGGUGCAAUGCCCACUACAGGCACUUCUCAAGGAGGUAUUCUUAUGUCACAAACAAAUCCUAUAGCUAUGGGAGGAGGCCAAAUAACUCAAAAUGUGGUCUCUACGAAUGCUCCACAACAAACAUUAACUUCAUCCGCUGGCCCUCAGAAUCAAAUAGAUAUGCAGAGUGGUAUUACUGGUCCUCAAGUGGCUCCAGCUUCUGGUACGAUGAUAGGACAGCAAAGGCCACCAUUUGAUAACAUAGAAAUGGCCAGGCAACAAAAUUUAUUGAAAAUUCAACAACUACGGCAAACGUUAGAAGCCGCACAGCAAAAGGAGGCGCAAUAUAAGUCGCAACUGGAAGUAAAUAUUCAAGAGAAUCUAGAAGUAGCACAGCAACAGGAAAUGCAAUUUAAACAACAGUUGGAGGCUCAACAAGGCCAAAGAGCACUAAAUCCUGCCGGUAUGACGAAUCAGCAAGCAAAUGCUCCGAGGCCCUUGAUGAGGCCCGUUCCGAACAUUGGUCUUAGACAUUUAUUACAACAACCGCAACCACAAUAUAGGCAAGUAAUUGGGUUACAGCAACAGAUGGUUCCUAGGGGACAAAUGACUACAAGGCCCAUGGCUCCUGGUAAUCCACAAAAUCAACAAUUCGAGGACGUCUCUAAUUACGAUUUCCUUGGAUAGAUAAAACGAAUAUCUUUUUUACAAAAAUUUUUCUGUAAAUAGAAUUCUAUAUAGAAUAAAUUAUACGUCAACAUAUACAAAGCAUUUCAGUAUUUUUUUUUUUUACUUGCAAUAAAAUGUUUAUAAUGUUUAUGUAUUUUUAAAUACGCAUAUUGGAACAAUUUAUGAAAUACAUCUUUAUAAGGAAAAAGAAGCUAUUAAAUAAACUAGAGUAAAC